AUGUCAAGAGGAGUUUCUACAAGAAGAAAACUAAACCAAUUCUGCAUGAACGUUGCUUUUGUGUCCAAAAUUGAACCCAAGAAAGUGGAAGAGGCAUUGAAUAAUGAGAAUUGGAUGUUGGCAAUGCAAGAGGAGCUAAAUCAGUUCACAAGGAACAACGUAUGGGAGCUUGUACCUAGAAAACCUGAUCUACAAGUUAUUGGUAAAAAGUGGGUUUUUCACAACAAAAUGGAUGAUUCAGGAGAAAUCAUAAAGAACAAGGAAAGGCUAGUUGCUAAAGGCUACUAUCAAGAAGAAGGAAUCGACUAUGAUGAGACAUAUGCUCCUAUAGCUAGAUUAGAAGCUAUCAGAAUACUUCUAGCUAUAGCAUCCAAAAUGAAAUUCAAAUUAUAUCAAAUGGAAGUGAAGAACGCCUUUCUAAAUGGAUUCAUCAAGGAAUUAGUCUAUGUUGAACAACCACCUUUGAAGAUUUUGAAUACCCUGAUCAUGUAUAUAAACUGA